AUGGGCGAACAAGAAUCCGCUGCUAACAGCAGGUCAUCGCUUUCAGAAAAGACAAGUCUCAGCGGCUCGAAGGAAAACGAUGCGCCCCGUAAUGUUCAGCUAGACACUGGUAUACAGCGUGUCAGACUUCGCCACCAUUGGUGGCAGUUAUGGAUUCCUCGACUUCCUCCUCCGCCUCCGCGCACGUCGCUGAACGACGCGCCCAUCAUCCCGCUCACCGACGCGUCGAUUUUGGCACAACUUACAUACACAUGGAUCACAGAUAUCAUGGUACUCGGGUAUCAACGUACGCUCCAGGCUUCCGAUCUGUGGAAGAUGGACGACUCCCGGCUGUCUGGUAACAUAUCCGACCGUUUGGAUGCCGCUUGGGCUCGUAGAGUAGAAGAAGCAAACGCUUGGAACAAGGGUAUAGCCUGCGGAGAUAUUCAUCCAAGUCUAAUUCGACGUUUGACAUGGGUAUUACGGUCCCUGCCUAAAGGCACCCGUUAUUCUCAGCAUAGAGCAUCUCUACUGGAGCGAUGGCGCAAAGCUGACGGACUAAAGCAACCUAGCCUAGCAUGGGCCUUGAAUGAUACACUCGGUAACUUAUUCUGGAUUGGAGGAGCCUUCAAGGUGUUUGGCGAUACAACCCAGCUGAUGGGACCUCUCUUGGUCAAGGCUAUUAUCAACUUUGGAAAAGCGCGGUCAGCUCGUGAGGCAGCAGGCGCCAAACCACCCAACAUUGGUCAGGGUAUUGCCAUGGCCAUUGGUCUGUUCUGUAUUGUCAUUGUCACUAGCAUCUGUCAGCAUCAGUUCUUCUGGCGCUCUAUGACUACGGGCGUUCUUGCGAGAGCCGCUCUAAUCAACUCCAUCUAUAAACGAGGGGUUCAUCUCACGGGCAAGUCUCGAGCAAAGCUUCCGAACUCUGCAUUGGUCAAUCACAUCUCGACGGAUGUCAGUCGAAUUGAUGCAUGUGCACAGUGGUUUCACCCAGGAUGGACUGCUCCGAUUCAGGUAACGGUGUGCUUGAUCAUCCUAUUGGUUCAGCUCGGGCCCUCUGCACUGGCCGGCUUUUCGCUGUUUCUCCUUAUUGCCCCGAUCCAAGAACGUGUCAUGGCGCUUCAGUUCGCCGUUCGCCGUCGCUCGAUGAAAUUUACCGACCAACGCGCCAAGACAUUGUUGGAAGCGUUAGCUGGAAUGCGCGUGGUCAAAUAUUUUUGCUACGAGGUACCCUUCUUGAAGCGCAUCUUCGAGAUCAGGACCAAUGAACUGCGGGGCAUCAGCAAGAUCCAGAACUUCUCAUCAGCGAACAUCGCCUUCGCCUAUUCCACGCCAGUUUUAGCCGCAACGCUUGCCUUUCUGACUUACACACUUACGACAGAUGGCUUCGAUGUUGCCGUUAUCUUUGCCUCGUUGAGUUUGUUCCAGCUACUUCGGCAACCGAUGAUGUUCCUGCCUCGGUCACUUUCAGCCAUUUCCGAUGCCAAGAACGCGCUGGGGAGACUGAGCAACGUUUUCCAUGCCGAAAUCAUAACGGAAGCUCCAUUCGUCACAGAUCCGGAUCAGAGCGACGCACUGAUCGUGAAAGAUGCAACCUUCGAAUGGGAAGCAGUUGCUAACAGUAAUGUCAAGCAUGAGAAGGGCGAUGAUGAGUCCGUUGAUGAUGAUGUGCAACCAUUUCAAGUGAAGAAUGUCUCCAUGAAUGUGCCUCGGGGAAGCCUUGUAGGUAUCGUCGGUAGAGUUGGAAGCGGCAAGUCAAGCCUACUACAGGGCCUAAUUGGAGAGAUGCGAAGGGUUCAAGGCGAAGUGUCUUUCUGUGGACGCAUUGCUUACUGUCCUCAGGUAGCUUGGAUUCAGAAUGCGACUUUGCGAGACAAUAUCCUUUUUGGUCAGCCUUUCGAUGAAGACCGGUACUGGCAGGCGAUCGAAGACGCAUGCCUUUCCCAGGAUCUACUUGUUCUUUCCGAUGGCGAUCUUACAGAGAUCGGUGAGAAAGGCAUCAACUUGAGUGGAGGCCAGAAGCAACGGGUUAAUAUUGCGAGGGCACUCUACUUCGGCGCCGAUAUCAUUAUCUUCGAUGACCCUCUAUCCGCACUCGAUGCGCAUGUUGGAAAGACCCUCUUCCACGGAGCCAUACUCGGCUCAUUGAGAGCCAAAGGAAAAGCUGUUAUUCUCGUGACACACGCCCUUCAUUUCCUGCCAUACUGCGACUAUAUCUACGCGAUGGAAUCCGGUAACAUCGCGGAGCAUGGAACGUAUCAAGAGCUUAUUGCCAAGAAAGGAGAGUUUGCUCGCCUUGACAAGGAGUUUGGUGGGGGGCACGAGGAGACUCAAGAAGAGGACAUCACCUCCCAGACACCUACCAUCGUUGACGCUUCCGAGGAAGCAAAAUCCAAAUCCGCUAGGAUUGAAAAGCGCGGCGCCGGUACGGGUAAGCUGGAGGGUCGCCUCAUGGUUAACGAGAAGCGUACAACUGGUUCAGUGUCAUGGAGCGUUUAUUGGACAUAUCUCAAGGCGGGACGCGGAUAUAUUGCAAUCCCACUGAUUGUUGCAUCGAUAAUAUUGAUGCAGAGUAGCCAGAUCCUCAACUCGUACACUCUGGUUUGGUGGCAGGCAAACUCUUUUGGGAAACCGUUUUCCUUUUACCAGAUCCUAUACGCGUGCCUGGGACUUUCGCAAGCAACGUUCACGUUCUUCCUGUGGCGUCAAUCUUCUAGCUCCAUGUUCGUGUCCCGAAACUUGCACCAUGACUCUGUUAGGAAUAUUUUCUUUGCACCGAUGUCAUUUUUCGAUACGACGCCUAUGGGGCGUGUCCUUGGGGUCUUUGGCAAAGACAUAGAUGCAAUUGAUAAUCAAUUACCUGAUGCCAUGAUCUCAGUGUCCAUGAGAAUGUUUAUAUUGACGAUGUCCAAUGUGUUCGGCGCUGUUUUGGUGAUUACUAUCGUCGAACACUAUUUCAUUAUUGCGGCUGUUGUACUAGCUCUGGGGUACAACUAUUUCGCUGCAUUUUAUCGUUCAAGCGCGAGGGAGUUGAAGAGACUAGAUGCCAUGCUACGAUCGCUGCUAUACUCUCAUUUCUCGGAGUCCCUCACUGGCCUCCCCACCAUCCGUAGUUAUGGUGAGAUGCCACGGUUUAUUCGCGACAACUCUUAUUAUAUCGAUCUUGAAAAUCGGGCUUUAUUCUUGACCGUGACCACGCAAAGGUGGCUCGCAAUACGGCUUGACUUUCUUGGUGCUAUAAUGGUCUUCAUCGUGGCGUUAUUAGCCGUUGUCGGCGUCUCUGGCAUCAGUCCCGCAGAGAUCGGCUUGGUCCUCACGUACACAACAUCGCUGACACAACUGUGUGGGCUGGUCACACGUCAGUCCGCUGAGGUGGAAAACUAUAUGAACUCGGUGGAAAGAGUCGUUCACUACAGUCGAGGGGACCUCAUCGAGCAAGAGGCUCCGUACGAAAUCGAGGCCACAAAGCCUCCUACGACAUGGCCUACCCAUGGAGCAAUCAGGUUCCGCGACGUCUUUCUCAGCUAUCGCCCUGGGCUGCCGCAAGUACUUCGGGGAAUCUCCCUUGACAUUCGAGGCGGCGAGAAGAUCGGUAUUGUGGGUAGAACGGGUGCUGGAAAAUCUUCAUUGGCAUUGGCUUUGCUCAGAAUCGUCGAGUGCACGGGAAGCAUCACCAUCGAUGAUGUUGAUAUCUCCCACAUCGGCCUCAAGGACCUCCGUGCCAACAUUUCUAUCAUUCCCCAAGAACCCUUGUUAUUCAGUGGGACCGUAAGGUCAAACUUAGACCCUUUCUCAUUGUACGAUGAUGCGAUACUAUGGGAUGCCCUUCGGAGGUCAUCCCUACUCGGCAAUCCAAGCAGCAAAAAAGACGCUUCGGCCCCGGAAGUUCUCGCAAGUAGCCACGCGCAUGGGAGGAUAGGCUUGGAUUCGGUGAUCGAACCGGAAGGGGCUAACCUGAGCGUUGGGGAACGAUCAUUGCUCAGUCUCGCACGGGCUCUAGUAAAGGAUGCGAGGGUUGUUAUUCUGGAUGAAGCAACGGCAUCGGUUGAUUUAGAGACCGACAGUAAGAUCCAAGAAACUAUUCAGAGUGAAUUCCGCGGUCGCACAUUGUUAUGCAUAGCGCACCGCCUACGAACAAUCAUAUCAUAUGAUCGCAUUUUAGUCCUUGAUGGAGGGUCUGUUGCAGAGUUUGACACACCUAGUAGUCUGUUCUGUCAGUCCAACAGCAUCUUCCGCACGCUGUGCGACAGGAGUAACAUCACCCUCAGUGAUAUAGAACAGAGUCAAGCUACCAUACCACAUACUCCCAUUGUCUAA